AUGGGCGACGACAACCCACUCGCUUUGCACGUUCCAAUGCAGCAGCAGGACGACGUUGGCGCGCUGGAUGAAGAUUUCCUGGCCGAGUUGGCUGACGUGCUGUCGUUCGAGUCGCCGCCUCCAACUGCUGCGUUCGGGUCGACCGAAGACGUGCUGGAGGCCUCACUGGGCGACGAGAUUGACGUGAUGCUGUCCAUUGAUAUCCCUCCUUUGACGGACGGGAAGCCAGUGCCGUCAGGAGAUACUUUGGGAAAGGACAGAGGGGGUUCUCAUCCGAAACCUCCAAAGGAUCUGCCGGUACCGAAGAGCAAAGACGUGCGCAGUGCCCCGUACUCCAAGGCGCAGCGGCGACGCAAGCGUCCGAAAGACGAGCUCGAUUACUUACGUGCCAAGGUGGCUGACAUGGAAAUUGAACUGCACAGCUUGCAGCUCGAGCCAGGAGAGGGGUCUUGUGCAGUGGCACUUUUCAAUCACCAGUCGAGCUCGUCGCACAAUACGCUGACGAGCUGGCAGAGAAUUGCUGAGCGACAGAAGAAGGAGGUGGACCGCUCAAUUGUUGAGAACUUGCGGCUGCGCGCGAUGCUGGAAGGGCAGCUGGGCGUUGCAAGAAGCUUAGAAGCUGCUAUUGACGAGUUCCAGCAAAAGGCCGCGCAGUCUUUUUCUUCGCUUUGCAAGGACAAUGGACCUGGUAGUAUGUCGCACUUUUCGGUCAUGUCGGAAGAGCACAUCUUUGCAAGCUUAUCUGAAAGCCUCAAGAAGCAGUAUGUGGAGCUUGACUCUGUUUUCGAGCACUGCGGGGUCACGCACAUCGAUCAUGACAUGAACAAUGGCACGAAGGCGUACACUGAUGCAAGUGGUGUAUCAGUCCGCCACGUAGAUGUUCGUUUGCUGCCGUUCUCGCCUGAUGCCGUGCACCAAACGAUGUGGGGUAUUCUUCGACACAGCACGGCCAAGGAAAUGAUGACGGGAUCUUUCCAGACUCACGUUGUCGACGAGAAUCACAUGAAUGUCACGAUGGUUGAGAAAAUGGAGCUGGGCAAGUUCCGGACGACGAACGUCGUGCGUCGGUUCUCGUUCUGGCGUGUUUUUGAGAAGGACCGCACCGUGAUCAUGUGGAGUGCGUACGUCGAGAUGGACGGGUCCAUCUUCGUCCGUAUUCGCGAUAAUGGCUACUGCGCGUUCUCUUCGUUCAACUUUGGAACUGAUAGCUUUGGGGUUAGCGUCCCCGGCUCCGUUACUCGUAUGGUGGUGCUGAUAACUCCUGAAUUGGCGACGCCGGGAAGUCUAGAGAUGACAACAUUCGCGCCUCCAGUGGAACGAAAUAGUCAAAUCGGAGAGCUGACCGAGCUAGUAGUGGGAUCUUACAGGGUCAGCAUGGGGUUGGUGCAUCAGAUAAUUGACACGCUUUUGCUUCGAGAUGCAAUGGGCGGCAAAGCUAUUGGAGAUGCGCCCUCCACUUCGGCUGGAAGUCCGGUCGUGACGUGA